CCAACCCUCCACGGCUUUGUCUCUGGUCAAAACGCCGGCCAUCAUCAAUGUGAGGAUUAUAACAAAGUAACAAACGGAGCACGGACGGACACGAUUCCGUGGUUGGAGCCAGAAGUUAAACCGUACAAGACGACGGAAAUCAUCAAUUCCGCCAACUCGGAUUCUCCACGUCGUUUCAAUUUCAUCCUCUCGCCGGAAGGAAGAGGAGAGGGGAGACUAACUAAGUGCUGCUGCUUCAGCGAUGGUGAUGAGCCUCGUUUCCACCGGCGGCCACUCCCUAGCUUCGGGGCCGCUCCCUAACUUCAGGACGACGCCACCGCCGCGCCGGCGACCUUCGCUGCCUUAUCUGAAGACCCCACGCGCCGCCAUCGUGGAAUCGAGGCCGGUCAGAGUAGCUCCUGCGACAAGGGAUAACGGUAACGGCGGGCUGGUCCUCGUUUCAGCCGGAGCCGCCGGAGGAGGAGGAGGAGGAGGAGGAGGUAGUCGAGCUGAGGAUAUGCAAGCGGAAGCUAGGGCGAUGGCUCGUGCAGUUGAUGCUAGGGCAGAAGCUAACGUUUAUGCCUAUCGGGGGGCCGCACGGAGUCCGCUAGCGAUUCGCCUCAGAUCUGGCGGCGGGAAAUUGAGCACCGCCAUGCUGGGAGAAAGACAACCGUCGCCGGGGAAUGGAAUAUAGAUCUGGGACUGGGAGCAAUUUAUGUUGGAGAGGAAGAGAGCGCAUGAGCCGAGAAAGUCAAUUAAUUUAACUUUUAUUU